CGCCCAGGCUGAUCUUAAACUCCUGGGUUCAAGUGAUCCACCUGCCUAAGCCUUACAGGCGUGAGUCACCAUGACUGACCUAGAAACAGGCUUUGAUGUUGGGAGAAUCAGCACAAGUGGAAAAUGCCUGGACUGAGCUUCAGGAAUGGAUACUUGAACCUGACUGGCUGGUGGUCUUGGGCAAAUCAUUUGCUUCCUCUGGGCCUCAGGCUUCACUUCUGACUGCUGAGAUAUGGGCUAGUAAGGAUCUGAGGGGAUCAUGGGUGUGACAAAGCUCCUUAUUGGCUUGUCACCAAAAACAUGGGGCUAGCAGGAGGGGCUGACACCAUGGUGUCAAGGGUCAAGGAAGGGGCAGGUUGGGUGAGCCCCUGGGACAGGAGAGUGGGCUAACCUGAGAACCCUUGCAUGUAAUCCUCCAGAAUAAAAUCUCCUGGAGUCUAAGAGUGCUUGAGAGAUAAAAGCCACAGUUCUUAAAAAUGGUUAUUCACUGUUAUUUACUGUGUGCCAUGGGCGCUUUAAGUUCUUUGCACAUCAACAACUCCAUGAGGUAAGUACUGUUAUUAUUAGCAUUUUGCAGGUGGGAAACUGAGGCCCAGAGAGAUUGGUUAAGUGAAACUCCAAGGUCACACACCUGAUAAGUGGCUAGAUUCAAACCCAGGCAGUCUGGCCCCAAAAACUGUGUGCUUAACUCCUGCACAACAUGGUCUCUCCCACAUAAGAUGGAGUGCCAGGGGCUCAGAAAAAGCAAGCCACCUGUCCCAGAACAGACAGCAUUCAUCUUUGAUCCUCAUCAUCCCUGAAGCUUAGGUCCUGGAAGGAGGAGCCUCACUGGGUCUAGGGUCCAGGGCUCUGAGACUGGCCCUUGAACCAGCUCAACCUCUCCAUUCCCCUGGGAGUAGGUCAGAGAGGAUCAAGGGUGCCCUGCAGUCACUGUGGGCACGGAAGGCUCUGCCAGGGCCUGAUGAGUGGGCAUUGUUAGUGCCUUGGAGCUUAAGUGGCUUCUAAGUGCUUGAGAUGUAAUAAACUCCCACCCAAUCUGGCACACCGCCACCAUUGUACAGGUAGGGGAAACUGAGGUUACAGUGUGCAGGAACCAGCCCAAGGUCACACAGGCAGAGGACACACUUCAUCCCUGAGCCUCCUGCUCUGCCUUCUGGGCCACUUAGUUCUUAUGGGCUCCCUAAAAAGAUGAGAUGUUGGGGACCCUCCCACAGAUCCCUAGGGUGGCCCUGGCCUCAGUCAGGACAUUAUUCCCAAUAUGGGGUCCUUUGGGAGGGCACAUGGAGUUGGGGGAUGGGGAGAGUACUGAUUAAAAAAUGGAAUGUCACACGCAUGGAGAACAAGCAUGCCACCACCCAGCCUGAGCCAGUUGGCUCCCCCGUGCCGGCUGCCAGGCCUCACUCAGGUCUCCUGCUGGGGGCCCCGCCCACCACACCCUGGCUCUGGGCCUGAGGCUGAAUGCUCCCAUCCACCCUCUCCUCUCCUUCCUCCAUCCCUGCCCAGCCUCCAGGCAGAUGGUGCUCUCACUGAGCUUGGGUGGGCCUGAAGCUCAGCUGUGGACUUUAAGCUGUGCCAGGGGCGGCUGGCAUCCCCACACACUGGCUGUGUGGCCUUGAAUGAGCCCUUUCCCUUUCUGGGCCUCAACCAUUGACAGAGUAAUGCUGUCAAUCAAAGUUUUUCCCAGAUUUUUUCUCUCAUUUAGACCUGACAGACAGUGCAGAAGACCACACUCAGAGAGGCUGAUGUGACCUGCAGAGGCCACUUAUGCUAAAAAAAAAAAAAAAAAAAAAAAGAGCUACCACUUAAGUAUUGCCAUGUUUUGAUCUCUGUUAAAAUAGCAGUCAGGCCAGAGCAGAGCAGAGGCCUGUACCCUGAUAAUCGUGCAAAUCCCAGUCCUGUACAAGUCUGGGUGAGUGAGGUCACGUGGAAGCAUGGAGGCAGGAGGCUUUGCAGUUGUGAUGUGAGCAGUAUUUCAGGCAUUUGUUCUUUUAUAGCAAAUGUUUACUGAGCCCCAGCUGUGGCCGAGGCACAGGGGCAUGGACAUAGCCAAGGUCCCUGCCCUGUGGGGAUAGGCAGACUGACAUGAAAACAAAUUCUGAUGGAAUUACAAAGCUGAUGAGAGUUUAGGGGAGAGGCAGAGGGUGUUGUGGCAGGAGAAUGUGACCUCUGAGGGGCCUUGGGACCUGUGAACAGACCUGAAAGAUGAGAGGUAUGGUCAGAAAGGUGCAGCCGAAGGGGCAAGGGAAGAAAGGGCUCUAGGAAAAGGAGCAGCCAGUGCAGAGGCCUAGAGGGGAGGAAGUGCUGGGCUGACUGGCUGAGCACUGGGAAGAAGCCCAGCCUGGCUGAAGCCUGGGAGGUAAAGCAUCACCUUGGGAGCUGCAGUGCAGGGGUCACAGCAGUGGGGCUGGUGGUACAGAGCCUGGAGCCUGUGAAGGGGCUUGAGGUGGAUCAUAGGAUGAGGAGCAUGCUGGUCUUGAUCUGGGAGGCAGGUCUUUCCUCCUUUCCUUUCCUCUUUCCCUUGGUUGUACACCCUGAUAGUGCUAUCAACAGAUCCCAUUCAUUCCCCCCCAGCCACUUCAUGAGGUGGCUGAAUGUAGAGUCUGGGGCCAUCCCUCCCUUCUCCAAGGAAGGUUAUGGAGGCCCAGCAGGCGUCAGAUGCAAGCUGGUGAGAGUGCAUUCCUGGGCAGGAGGCUGUGGUCACUCAAGCCGAGCGCCCCUGUUCAGGGUUGGGCCGGAGCACUAGCCUCACGGAGAAGGAUCUGAAAGAGGCCAAGGUGCGGAGCCAGCAGAUCGCAGCCCAGCUGACCACCCCUCCCAGCCCCAAUUCCCGCGGGGUCCAGCUCUUCAACAGGCGCCGGCAGAGGGUGAACGAGUUCACCUUGGAGAGCCACGGCCAGAGGGGACAGAAGCCCAGCCAGGAGUCCCUCAGGGUGCUCCCUGCAAGCUCCCCAGGUCAUGCCCCAGGGCUCAGCCUGAGUUCCACCUCGCUGCCGGAGCCAGGCCCUCCACAGAACCCCAGUCCCCAGAGCCCCUACAGAGGGGUCCCUGGCCACAGCAUGGAGGGGUACUCAGAGGAGGCCAGCUUGCUCCGGCACCUGGAGAAGGUGGCCAGUGAGGAGGAAGAGGUGCCACUGGUGGUUUAUCUAAAGGAGAAUGCGGCACUGCUGACGGCCAAUGGGCUCCACCUGUCCCAAAACCGAGAGGCCCAGCAGUCCUCACCGGCUCCACCUCCAGCGGAGGUCCACAGCCCGGCUGCAGAUGUCAACCAAAACCUUGCCUCGCCCAGUGCCACGCUCACCACAGCAGCUUCUAACAGCAGCCACAACCCGCCAGCCACCGAUGUCAAUCAGAACCCCCCGGCAACUGCCGUCCCACAGAGCCUGCCACUUUCUAGCAACCAACAGAAUUCCUCAGAGGCCCAACUCCCAUCCAAUGGCACAGUGCCUGCUUCCAAACCCAGCACCCUGUGUGCUGACGGGCAACCCCAGGCACCAGCUGAGGAAGUGAGAUGCAGCACGCUCCUAAUUGACAAGGUGUCGACUCCAGCUCCCGCCACCAGCACCUUCUCCAGAGAAGCUACGCUCAUCCCCAGCUCCAGGCCCCCAGCCUCAGAUUUCAUGUCCAGCUCUCUGCUCAUCGACAUCCAGCCCAACACCUUAGUGGUGUCAGCAGAUCAAGAGAUGUCUGGGCGAGCAGCUGCCACCACGCCCACCAAGGUAUACAGUGAGGUCCACUUCACACUGGCCAAGCCCCCAUCAGUGGUCAACAGGACAGCCAGGCCUUUUGGGAUCCAGGCGCCAGGGGGCACCAGCCAGAUGGAGAGGAGCCCCAUGCUAGAGAGACGACAUUUCGGGGAGAAGGCCCCGGCUCCCCAGCCCCCAAGUAUGCCAGACAGGAGCCCCCGGCCACAGAGACACAUAAUGUCCUGCAGCCCCAUGGUGGAAAGGAGGCUGAUGGGGCAGCGAAGCCCGGCCUCAGAGAGACGCCCCUUGGGGAACUUCACUCCACCCCCUACCUACGCUGAGACCUUGUCCACAGCCCCUCUGGCUUCCUGGGUGAGGUCUCCUCCCUCUUAUUCUGCUCUGUACCCCAGCUCUGACCCCAAGUCUUCUCACCUGAAGGGCCAGGCGGUUCCCGCCAGCAAGACGGGCAUCCUGGAAGAGUCGAUGGCCCGCCGGGGCAGCCGCAAAUCCAUGUUUACCUUUGUGGAGAAGCCCAAGGUGACCCCGAAUCCAGACCUGCUGGAUCUGGUACAGACAGCAGAUGAGAAGCGGCGGCAGAGGGACCAAGGGGAGGUGGGCGUGGAGGAGGAGCCCUUUGCCCUGGGGGCUGAGGCCUCCAACUUCCAGCAGGAGCCAGCACCUCGAGACAGAGCCAGCCCUGCGGUGGCGGAGGAGGCACUACCAGAGUGGGCCUCCUGCCUCAAGUCACCCCGCAUCCAGGCCAAGCCGAAGCCCAAACCCAACCAGAACCUCUCCGAGGCCUCUGGGAAGGGGGCUGAGCUCUACGCACGCCGCCAGUCACGGAUGGAGAAAUAUGUCAUCGAGUCUUCAAGCCACACCCCGGAGCUGGCCCGCUGCCCGUCACCCACCAUGUCCCUGCCUUCCUCCUGGAAAUACCCCACUAACGCCCCCGGGGCCUUCCGAGUGGCAUCCCGAAGCCCAGCCCGGACCCCACCUGCCUCCCUCUACCAUGGCUAUCUACCUGAGAACGGGGUCCUGCGCCCGGAGCCCACCAAGCAGCCGCCGUACCAGCUGCGGCCCUCGCUCUUUGUCCUCUCACCUAUCAAGGAGCCUGCCAAGGUCUCCCCAAGAGCUGCCUCGCCCGUCAAGCCCACCUCCUUGGACCUGGUGCCCAACCUGCCCAAGGGGUGUCUUCCUCCGUCUCCUGCACUGCCUCGGGCCUCCCGCUCCUCGCCGGGCCUCUACACCUCCCCCGGCCAGGACAGCCUGCAGCCCACUGCCGUGAGCCCUCCCUACGGCGGUGACAUCUCCCCUGUGUCUCCCUCCAGGGCGUGGUCUCCCCGAGCCAAGCAGGCCCCCAGGCCCUCCUUCUCCACCCGGAACGCCGGGAUAGAGGCUCAGGACCGCCGGGAGAGCCUGCCCACCUCCCCUCCCUGGACGCCGGGCGCGUCCCGGCCCCCCAGCAGCCUGGACGGCUGGGUGAGCCCGGGGCCGUGGGAGCCAGGCCGCGGCAGCAGCAUGAGCAGCCCCCCGCCGCUGCCACCGCCCAUGUCUCCCUCGUGGAGUGAGCGCUCGGUGUCCCCGCUGCGACCCGAGACCGAGGCGCGGCCCCCCAGCCGCCAGCUGCAGGCGCUUCUGGCGCGAAACAUCAUCAACGCGGCCCGGCGCAAGAGCGCCUCCCCGCGGCCGGCGGGAGCCGAGAGCCUGCGGCCCUUCUCCCCGCCGAGGGCGCCGCCGCCGCCGCCGCCGCCGCCGCCGCCGCCGCCGCGCAUGCGCUCGCCGCAGCCCGCUCGCCCCGGCCAGGCCACUGUGCCGGGGGCAGCGUUCGCGCCCAUCCUGCGGAGCCCGCUGCCCCCCGGGCCUUCCUCCUGCACCAGUCCCCGGAGCCCGCUGCCCGCGCCUCCCAGGCCCUUCCUCUACCGCCGCUCGCCCACAGACUCCGACGUGUCCCUCGACUCCGAGGACUCCGGGGCUAAGUCUCCCGGCAUCCUCGGCUACAAUAUCUGCCCCCGCGGGUGGAACGGCAGCCUGCGGCUCAAGCGUGGCAGCCUCCCCGCCGAGGCCUCCUGCACCACCUAGAACCCCACCCCCCGACCCCACCCCAGGAGGGCAGAGCCAGAAGAAGGCUCAUCAGACCUGGGGAAUCCAAAUGGUCUGGCCUCUGGGCAGCCCCAGAGAUGAGGGAUCAGCAGAGGAGAGCUCUGGGCUUGGGGAUGGGUUGGGGACGCAAGCUUGAGUUCUAGCACCUGCUCUCAUUCACUCGUUGUGUGACCCCGGGUAAGACCCUUCCUGGUUUGACCUUCAGCUGUCCCAUGUGUUUAAUGGUGGCUUUGGCCAAGGCAGUCCACAAAUGUCAAAAUUCCCCUUCCCAUCAAUACACACGCACGCGCACACGCACACUCUCUUACACACUAGUUAGUGCCUUGAAUGAGGCAGGGCAGUGUGUAUAUUGACCCCUGGACUUGCCACCUUCAGAGUUCCAUACUCCUCCUUCCCCUUCUGGCUCUGCUCUCUGGAGUCUGGCAAGUGGGGUGUGUUCAGAAGAUCCUAGGCCUGUGUCCCAUGUCCAGGCACUGGCCUGACCAUCCGGCUCCCUGGCACCAAGUCCCAGGCGGGAGCAGCUGUUUUCCAUCCCUUCCCAGACAAGCUCUAUUUUUAUCACAAUGACCUUUAGAGAGGUCUCCCAGGCCAGCUCAAGGUGUCCCACUGUCCCCUCUGGAGAGAAGAGGCAGGAAAAUUCUCUCCGGGUCCCUGUCACGCUACUUUCUUCACUUCAGUUCAGCCUGCCCAGGACAUCUUAUCUGCAGCCAUAUGAGAACUCUAAGGCAGUGAUUUUCCUUAGGCCCAGGACUUAGGCCUACAGCUCAUCUGUUCCUUCUGAGCCCAUUCACGGCAGAUUCUGGGCUCAAAGCUGAGCUGGGGAGAGAAGAGAUACAGAGCUACCACGUCGCUUUACCUGACUGCCCUCAGUUUGGGGUUGCUUAUUUGGAAAGAGAGAGAUAUAGAGUUACUUGUUAUGGGAAAUAUGAAAGUCAUGGCCAGGAUGCAUAGCAGGAGAUUCUAGCAGGGGACGAGAUUGGCUCAGAUGACCUCUGAGGGCUCUUCCAGUCUUGAAAUGCAUUCCAUGGUAUUAGGAAGUCAGGGGUAUUAGGAUGUGGUGGUGGGCUAGGUGGGCUUGAAUUCAGGGGCCAAUGAGCUUGGAUAGGUGAAAGGGAUGUUAGGUUAGGGUCUGCCUGUUAUUUCUGUCCCCUUGGGAAAUGUCCCCUUCUUCAGUGUCAGACCUCAACUCCAGUGUCCAGAAAAGUAGCCACUGUCCUGCCCCAUCCCUUCCCCAGUGCACUCUGAUCUAGCUAUUGCCUAGUGCCCAGUGACCUUGGGGAGCCUGGCUGCAGGCCCUCACUAGUUCCUUAAACCUUGGUGGCUCUGAUUCCAGUCCCCAGGAGGGAGUCAGGGAGGAAUAUGGCUGAGUUCUGUAGUUUCCAGAGUUGGCUGGUAGAGCCUUCUAGAGGUUCAGAAUAUUAGCUUCAGGAUCAACUGUGGGGCAGGAAUUGGCUGAGGAUCAAAAGCAUGUAGGUGAAAGGAUACUAGGAUGUUGCGUAAGGUGUGGGACAGUGUGGUUUUGGGACUUACCCACCCACCAGGGUGAUGUUAGAUCUAGAACCCCCAAGUGAGGCUGGAGAGAGUUAGGGUCAAUAUGGAAGAUCGGGUGGGGAUGGGGUGCUUUAGAAUAAAGGAGAGAUCUUAGAGGGCUCCUUGGGCCUCAGGAAUGAGGACACCGCUCCCGCUGGUGUGAAGAUGAGAAGGUGCUCUUACUCAGUUAAUGAUGAGUGACUAUAUUUCCCUAAGCCCCCACCUGCUGCAGGGUCCCUCGCAGCACAGGAGACUGGGACUAAGAGCCCCUCCCAGAGAAGUGACACCAUCAGGCCUCUGGCUGAGGCAGCAGCAUAGAGGAUCCACCUCUACCUGUGUUUCCCAAAGGGCUGGCAGGAGGCAGCCCCUGGCUGUUCCCCCGUUGUCACCGCUUUCUCCCCAUCCUCUCCUCUAACCCGCUAGAGCUUGCCUAUGUCCUGCCUCUUGUAGAAUUCAGCUCUGGCCCUCAAUAAAUGCUUCCUGCAUUCUUCU